UCUCACUUGUCAAAUAUGAAAGUGUCUAUGGCAUGAUUUUUUAAAUAAAAAUGAGACAACCCCAAAGAGAUACUUACAGAGUUGCCGGCUCAUGAAGAUUAGAAAUAGUUUUCUUAAACAAUCACUUCAUAGAUGUCAGUUUCAAUCUCUUAAAGGAUGAGAUAAAACCGCUCCUAGAACUUGACGUCUCAUCUACUAUAUAUAGAAGCACCUGAACAAAUUUGUAAGGUACCAAACACAAUGAUAAAGGUUAUAACAACAUUUUGCCUUUUGGCUUUGUUUGGUUUAAGCAAUGCCGAUAUUCAGGCAAACAAGCUUUUUGAGUUGCUAAAAUCAAAAACAUCAAAAAACUCACAUGUUCCUAAUACAUGGGCGGUUUCAGAUGAAGCUAUUAAAGAGUACUCCCCUAUUUACAUUUCACAACAGAAUGGUUUAGCACAGCUCGACAAGAUCUAUGCUUUGCCAGGCCAACCUGCAGAUGUUAAAUUGAAUCAGUACUCAGGAUAUGUGACGGUUAAUCAAAAUGCAGGGAGAGCUCUUUUCUAUUAUUUUGUCGAGUCUCCCACUGAUUCUUCUACUAAACCACUGGUUUUGUGGCUAAAUGGAGGUCCAGGUUGCUCUUCCAUGAUCGGAGCCAUGUCAGAACUAGGACCAUUUAGAAUCAAUAGUGAUGGAAAAACGCUCUUCGUGAACGAUUAUGCAUGGAGCAACGUUGCAAAUAUGCUGUUUCUGGAAUCCCCUGCUGGAGUGGGCUUCUCGUAUUCAAAUACAACUUCAGAUUAUGAUCAUUCCGGUGAUAAGAACACUGCUGAUGAUUCUUACACGUUUCUUGUUAAUUGGCUGGAGAGAUUCCCUCAGUACAAAAAUCGUGACUUUUACAUUACUGGUGAAAGUUAUGCUGGACAUUAUGUUCCUCAACUUGCAUAUACGAUCCUUGUUAACAAUAAAAUAACAAACCAAACCAUCAUCAAAAUGAAAGGGAUCGCUAUCGGAAAUGCAGUGAUUGAUGACGAAACGAGGUUGAAAGGAAUGUAUGACUAUUGGUGGAGUCAUGCUAUUAUUUCAGAUGCAACACACGAUGCCAUAGUCAAAUACUGCAACUUUUCAAAUAUUGAUUCAUUGUCAGAAAUGUGCGAAAAUAGUACAGACAAAGCAUGGGAUGAGAUGGGAGAUAUCGAUAUCUACAACAUGUACGCACCUAUUUGCUUAAACCCUCAUCAACGAAAUGCCUCUGCUACAACUAGUUCUAUAAAUGAAUUUGACCCUUGCUGGCAAUAUAUCCUGGAAGACUAUCUCAAUAGCUCUGCUGUUCAAAACGCGUUGCACGUGAAACCUACGUCAUGGGAUCUAUGCAGUGAUGUUAUCACAAGCUGGAAUGACAGAGCAACUACCAUACUCCCAAUAAUUAGGUAUCUUAUUUCAAAUGGCCAAAGAGUAUGGGUCUUCAGCGGUGAUAUAGAUGCCCGUGUUCCUGUUACUUCUUCUAGGUACUCAAUCAACGCCCUCAAUCUUCCGAUUGAGACAGCUUGGAGGCCAUGGUACCUCAGCAAAGAGGUUGGGGGGUAUUUGGAGGAAUAUAAAGGACUGCUUUUGAUAACUGUUAGGGGUGCAGGCCAUACCGUUCCAAGCUACCAACCUCAACGUGCAUUGACAUUGUUCUCAUCAUUCCUUGGAGGGAUACUCCCUCCUUCCUCCAAUGCCGAUAUUCAGGCAAACAAGCUUUUUGAUUUGCUAAAAUCAAAAAGAUCAAAAAACUCACCUGGUCCUAACACAUGGGUCAUUUCAGAUGAAGCUACUGAUGAGUACUCUCCUGUUUACUUUACACAACAAGACGGUUUAGCACAACUUGACAAAAUUUAUACUUUGCCAGGCCAACCUGCAGGGGUUAAUUUGAAUCAAUACUCAGGAUAUGUGACUGUUAAUCAAAAUGCAGGGAGGGCUCUUUUCUAUUAUUUUGUUGAGUCUCCCACGGAUUCUUCCACUAAACCAUUGGUUUUGUGGCUAAAUGGAGGUCCGGGAUGCUCUUCCAUGAUCGGAGCCAUGUCUGAACUAGGACCGUUUAGAAUCAAUAGUGAUGGGGAAACUCUCUUCAUGAACGAUUAUGCAUGGAGCAAUGUUGCAAAUAUGCUGUUCCUAGAAUCCCCUGCUGGUGUGGGAUUCUCAUAUUCAAAUACAAGUUCGGAUUAUGAUCAUUCUGGUGACAAGAACACUGCAGAUGAUGCUUACAUAUUUCUUGUUAAUUGGCUCGAGAGAUUCCCUCAGUACAAAACCCGAGACUUUUACAUUGCUGGUGAAAGUUACGCCGGACAUUAUGUUCCUCAACUUGCUUAUACGAUCCUUAGCAACAACAAAAUAACAAAUCAUAUUAUCAUCAAUAUGAAAGGGAUCGCAAUUGGAAAUGCUUUAAUUGAUGAUGAAACGUGUUUGAAAGGAUUGUAUGAUUAUAUGUGGAGUCAUGCUAUGAUUUCAGACGCGACACAUGAUGCCAUAUUGAAAUACUGCAACUUUUCAAGUGAUUCUUUAUCUGAAUUGUGCGGAAAUAUUACAGAAAAAGCUUUUGAUGAGAUGGGAGAUAUCGAUCUGUACAACAUUUAUGCACCAAUUUGCUUGAACCCUAAUCAACGAAAUGCCUCUGCGACAACUAGUUCUAUAAAUGAAUUCGACCCUUGCUGGCAAGAUAUUCUGGUAGACUAUCUCAAUAACUCUGCUGUUCAAAAGGCGUUAAACGUGAAACCAACAUCAUGGGAUUUAUGCAGUGAUGUUUUCACGAGCUGGAAUGACAGUACAACUACCAUCCUCCCAAUAAUCAAGUAUCUUAUUUCAAAUGGCCAAAGGGUAUGGGUCUUCAGUGGCGAUAUAGAUGGCCGGGUUCCCAUUACUUCUACUAGGUACUCCAUCAACACCCUCAAUCUUCCAAUUGAGACACCUUGGAGGCCAUGGUACCUCAACAAAGAGGUUGGGGGAUAUUUGGAAGGAUAUAAAGGACUGCUUUUGAUAACUGUUAGGGGUGCAGGCCAUACGGUUCCAAGCUACCAACCUCAACGUGCAUUGACCUUGUUCUCGUCAUUCCUUGGAGGGAUGCUCCCUCCUUCCUCAUAA